AUGGUUGUACUGAAGACUCUCGUUCCCUGGCUCCUUGCCGCCACCAAUAUGGUCAGCGCCCACCCUGGCGAGGAUCAUGCUGCGGAAGCCCUUCGACGUAGAGCUGCACUGUCAAAGGUUCGCUCACUGAGCGCCUGCAGCUCCGCUCUUGAAGAGCGUGGAAUCACCGCCGCGUCUGCCAGACGUAGACAUGCGCUAGCUUCGCGUAUGCAGAAGAGGACCGUUCUGGCUCGUGACUAUGACACAGCCUUGAACACUUCUCACCACUCGAAUCUCACUGGCAUCACCACCGAUGUUGAUCCAUCCAUCAUCUUCUCCGGCAAUCAGUCUUGCGCACUCGUGCCGGAAACCACUCAAGGCCCGUACUACGUCACUGGCGAGAUGAUUCGCUCCAACGUGACCGAAGAUCAGGCCGGAGUGCCACUUUACUUGGACAUUCAGUUCAUUGACGUCAACAGCUGCUCUCCUGUUGAGGGCGUCGCUGUUGACUACUGGUCCGCGAAUGCCACUGGCGGAUAUUCUGGGAUUUCCAGCCAGGCUGGACUCAAUACAACCUGGCUGCGCGGCAUUCAGAUCACCGACGAAGAUGGUGUCGCUGGCUUUCAAGGAAUCAUUCCUGGCCACUAUGCCGGAAGGACUCACCAUAUUCACCUCCUCACCCACAGCCCUGGCAACUGGACUCGACUUCCUAACGGAACCAUCACUGGCGGAAAUAGCACGCCACACAUCGGUCAGGUCUUCUUCGACCAGGAUCUUGUCAACGAGGUUGAGACGUUGGAACCGUACACGAGCAACACGCAGAGCUGGACGAAGAACGAUGAGGAUACUAUCGUAUUGCAGGAGGCGAUUGCCACUGGUGUUGACCCCAUGGUGAACUACGUUCUGCUUGGCAACUCGGUUGCAGAUGGGAUCUUUGCUUGGGUGUCUGUGGGUAUCGAUCCCACCGCCGUGUACGAGGUCGAUUCGGCGGUUCGCCACACGGCAGACGGUGGUAUUGAGGACGAGUGCUAUGAGAUGAUCAACUUGUCGCCCUUGGAUCCCGCGCUUCCUCCUCUGCCCAGCUAUUGCAGCAGCGUUCUCUCUUCAGCAUCUGCCUCAGCCACCGCGUCUGCUUUCAGCGCGUAA